GUUGCGUCUAACGUAUGAUAUUUGAUCUUGUAUUUGACAAAUAUUGGGCAAAUUGAUCAAAUAGUUGGCGCGAGAGUUAAGCAUCUUUAAGAAACCGAUUUCUCUCACGUUCAAGUUACUAUAACAUUCAAUUCCUAUUCUUUAUCAUGCAAAACAUUCACGUGUUUGACCUUUUUGUAUGACAAUGAUGUUAUAAUACCCUCAAUAACUUUUAUGCAAUAACCGAUGUUUAGCUAAAUGAAAUAACUAAUUUGGAUUUGUUUCCUUCACAUAAUUGGUUGCUUUUGUUUGCAAAUUGAUUCCAUCAAAUUUAUUUUGGUAGUUAAGUUUUGAUCACCUUCAUUAAAAUUUCUCAUUCAUAAAAGUUCUGACAGAAAUGGAUGGAAAAAUUUACGAGUGUCUUCAAUGCAGUGAAAAACUGGGCUUAAGCGACCGACCAGUGAUGACAAUCCGGAAAGGGAAAGCCAUGUAUUACUGCCAGGCAUGCUGGAAACUAUCCAAAGACAACAAAUCAGCAAACAAUUCACCCCUAAUGCAACAGAAGAAGUUCUCAUCUGGGCCAGCAGCUGCCAAAGUGAACAGCGGGAUGCCCGCAACACCGUCGGCAGCGCCGAAAACUACAACGACAAUUUCUACGAAGGCGACAACAGUUACGAAAACAAAUACUGCUCAUCCGCAGGUUGCCGCUAGUGCAACCGGGAGGCAAAUUGUUCCGAAUGGCGGUGGGGCGACAAAGAAAGUUGAACCGAAGAAAGACGUGGUUUUGUGCCCAAAAUCUGGAGCUGCGGGUACACAAGACGAAGAGUUGAAGCCCCUGAAGCCUUCGGUGCCGGGUGGGGUGACUACAAAUUUGUUGAAGAAUGCAAAGGACGAGGAAGAUUUAGCUGCGAUUACGGAUUAA